AUACAGAAGGGCGUGAUAAAACCUACUCGUGUCCAAGAUAAAAAAAUCUCACGUUGCUGGGUAACACUGGAAAUAAAGCACAAAAUAAUGACCACGCAGCCAUCAUAAACAAAAUAUUGUUAAGCAGAUUAGUCCCUACUUAUCCCGCGGCGUUUAUUCGCCCCCAGAGGCACUGUAGUACUCAAAGUUGCUUCCUCCGUCCCCGUCUUGGUUUCUGUUCGCAGUCUCCCCAGAAUCCCUGGAAGGAAAGACGGGUGCGCAACAGCAGAGAGAGAGACUGCGCGCCGCGAACGAUCUGAUACUGUGCGAACGGAGAGAAAUCAGCAGAGCGAGGAAGAGUAAUGACGAGAAUCGGAUUUUCUUCGCGCCCAGAGGAGAAAACCGCAGCAAUGAAUAAAUAAACAGGGCGGUUGUAAAACUCCGGCCAGUCGUGACCACGAGAGACUACGCAUGUAAGAUUCUGUUCAUGAAAAUUCAAUUCAGUGCAUGAGAAGACGACCAGCCGCGUAGUCGCUCUCAGAAUGCGGGCGUGAGAAACAUACUACGGCGGGGGAAUUAAAGUGCAACGGUGGGCGAGUGAACGGCUCCCCCACAACCAUCUUGAGGGCCAGGGGGUGUGUGCGACUACAGGGCACCAGCAUGUCGAACCGAAAGCACCGGGACAACCAGGAGAUAUGCGCCCGCAAGGUCCGCGAGCUCGCCCAGACGGGAGUGAACAAGCACUGCUUCGAGUGCAACCAACCUGGGGUGACUUACAUCGAUAUCACCGUGGGCUGCUUCGUAUGCACGUCGUGCUCUGGAAUGCUGAGAGGGCUCAACCCACCCCACAGAGUUAAGUCUAUUUCCAUGACAACCUUCUCCCAACAGGAAGUGGAGUUUUUGCAAAACCAUGGCAACGAGGUUGGAAGGAGGACCUGGCUAUGCACAUUUGACCCCAAAACAGAUGGCUGUUUUGAUGCACGUGACACACAGAAGCUGAAAGAGUUCUUGCAGGACAAAUAUGAGAGGAAGAAAUGGCAUUUCUCUAAAAGCAAGAUUCGCAGAGAUGCAGAGACACCAUGGGGGCCAGGGGUUCAGGCUGUUCCAGCUCCACAUGGGCCCGCUCAGAAUCAGCCUCCACUGGGACAUCCUUUGAACCCCACUGCCCGGCCCACUCGUACACUGUCGCAGUCCCAGUUGUCAAUAUGGGACAGAGCUCCUGCUGUCUCUCCAGCUGAUAGCCGUACUGAAGUGUUCACUGCCAGACCAACUCGCUCACAGAGCUUCAGAGAUCAUCCCAUUAAAGACACAUUGUUAAGUGGUGUGGAGAGACAGAGGCCAGGAAUAUUAUCUUCUGGAAUGGGACCCCAGAAUCAUCCCUCCUCCUUUCCAGCCCUUCCACGUCCUUCAGCAAGUAGCACUUUCAAAAACAGCUUUACUUUAGGUCGCACUCUGUCAACUGGGGGUGGAGCUGCAUUUAGAGCCUUCCCUAAAUCACUGAGUUUGGAUUUUGGGGGUCUAAGCCAUGCCCACAACACGCUAAGUUCUGCUGCUCCGCCCCUUGUCACUCAGGAUAAGUAUGCAGCCUUAUCACAGCUUGAUAAAGUGUUCUCAGACAACACACCUGUCACAGCCAUUACAACAGCUCCCUCUGAUGGACCCCCUCAGUAUAGCACCCUCUUUGGUAACCGGCUUUCCUCAAGUUCCACGCCUGCAAGCUCCCCAGGUGUUCCAGAGGCAACAUCUGGAUCUCAGACGUUUGCAAAUUUCCCAAACCCCUUCAAUUCUACAGCCAGUUGCACCCAGCCUGUUCUGUCUCCUAGUAACCCCUUCAAAAGCACAGCCUCAGAUGAUGCCUCCUCCUCAGCUGUCUUUCCUCAGUCUGUCUCUUUUCCUGCAUCUGCCACCCAAAGUGCUUUUUCACACCAACAGUCUAGUAACCAGGAAGCGAACGGUUUCAACUCAUUUCCUGCCCCAGAGUCCGUCCCCAAAGUCCCACGACCUAUGUCUGUCAACCCUUUUACUGGGAAUGUUUACCCGAGCAGAGGAGCAUCACUGAACCCUUUCAUCUGAUCCCGAACCGGCCAUGGAGAAAGAAGAGAGCGAGUGGAGCUUGUUUACUUUACCAUACCUACAGAAAACAUCCAACACUUUUGCGUGUGUAUGUGUCUUCAUGUACGUUUAAAGGCGUGAGUGUUUGUUAGCAGAUAUUGUACAUGUAACUAUUUGUACAUGCUUUGUUGUAUGUGUGAGAGUGUGUGUGUUUGUAUGUGCCCUUUUGUACCAGAUGCUAUACAGUAAAUCAAGCUGUGUGUGUGUGUGUUUGUGUGUACAGUUUUGCCUAAUAUCAGUGGUGUUUUUUCUGAUAAUAGGAGAACUUCAGAUGAAAGGUGCUUAUGAGAGACUUUAACACUCACAAACACACACACACACCUAAGCUGCUGCUUUGACCAGUAGAAUUUCUUGUGCCAAUAUCGCCCAAACCUGAGUGCCCACUUACUUCACUCAUACACUGAGGUCAACACAUUACAAUAAAAUAGUAGCAAUUCAAGCUUCAUAUCACCUCGGUAAUGCAUUUUUCCCUCAGUGCCGAUUUGGUUUAAUUGAUUCAGAUGCAUGUUAUUAAGAUGGCAUAAACGAUACAGGCAUUUACGCCACUAAUCUGUCUGUGUAUGUAUGCCAGGUCUUUUCUAUUUAUUUUGACGUUGACGUUUAUUUCAAACGUUACUAAGUAUUUGUGUGUGCAUUGUCGGACUGCAUGCGCUUCUCAAGUUGAGCAAGAAGCUGCUGAAUGUACUGCAGUUUCAGUGACUAUGAGGGAAAAAACUUUUCUUGUAUGGACCAAAAAUUGUCUAAUAUUGUCAAGUUCCCUGUAUAAUGUAGAGAUAGUUUCUUUUGCAACAGGAUUCAUAUAGAAUGUCUUUGUAUCGAGAUGUAUCCAUCUGCAUAAAGCUAUCCAUUAAUUGUUGCGUCUAUGUGUAUCUGAUUGUCCAUGUGAUGCAAAUCGAAUUGAAUUUGCUGCUUUUGAAAUUUCAUGCAAUAUCUUUUUAUGACAGCUUCAUUUAUAUUUUUCUGUGAAGAUCAUUAUAGCAUUAUGAAUGUAUUUGCACUCUAUGAACAUUAGGGCUUUCAACUGAAAAUUAAAAUGAAAAGUAUAAAUUUCAUCUC